AUAAUAAUAUAACAAUAAUAUGUUAACUAAUGUAAUCUAUGUGGCCAUCAAUAUUACGCCAAACAAACUAUAAACAGAUAGCCAUAGUCGUAGGCCUGACUGUCGUCGGUCCACUGUUGAUAGCCUAUGCUGUUAGCCAGACAAUGGGCAACUCCCGGAGCAGAUCGCGUAAACAGGACGACAAUAAUAGAGGAAGUGGUGGCAGUUAUUUUCAACGUCGAAAAGGUGUGACCAGUUCGUCGUCGUCGUGGUUUAGGUCGAAACGUCGUAAACAACAACAAAAGAAAUUGUUUUUCAUAGCACAGGAACUCUAUACAAGCGAACAGGUGUUUGUCGAUGUCCUCCGACUACUUGAUGAUGACUUUCGGCAAGCAGUCAGUGACCACUUGCCCGCUGAGUGUCUGCAAGGGAUACUCAAACUGUUGCCACAGUUGUUGAAAAUUAACGAACAAUUGCUUCAGGAGCUCAAAGAUCGUAUGGAUAACUGGCCUAAACAUCAACGUAUAGCCGAUAUAUUGGUCAAAGUAUUUCCGUUUUUGAAACUAUACUCACAAUACAUCCGCGACUUUGACACCAUAUCCGCCAAUUAUGACGACGCUGUGCGCCGGUAUCCGGCUUUCGGACAGGCAGUCAAAGAUUUUGAAGCCCAACCUAAAUGCCAGAACCUACCGGUCAAACAUCGGUUGAUUAAACCAGUUCAACGACUGCCCCAAUACAGGCUACUGGUUCAGGAAUAUUUGGAUCAUUUGACACCCGAUAUGGCCGACUACGAGGACACGUGUGCGGCAUUGAAAAUCGCGUGUCAAGUGGCCGAACACGCGAACAGUUCGAUAAAAUCAAACGAAAAUCUGGCCAAACUGUUGUCCAUACAGAACAGUAUUAUCGGUGCCUCGGAGAUCAUCAAACCGGGCCGUGUGUUCAUCAAAGAGGGACAGCUGUUGAAGCUGUCGAGGAAUGGUAUGCAAGAGAGACGAUUUGUUUUGUUCAACGACUGUCUAACAUACCUGACACCUGUACUUAAUGGCGUCUAUCGGUUGAAUCACGAACUACCUCUAACCGGUAUGAAAGUCAGACUACCCGAACAACAGGACUAUCCCAAUGAGUUUUCUGUCAUAGCACAGGUCAAGUCAUUGACACUAGCGGCCAGUUCACCAGAGGAACGGGAUGAAUGGGUGGCUGCCGUCAAUGCCAUCAUCAGAGAGGAUACCAACAAAAUGCUAUCGUUUAUUACCGACGAUAUUAUGUCCAGCGAUAGUUCAGCCAAAUCGGUACUAGAAUUGGGAACGUAUGCACCGGUUUGGGUACCCGACGGCCGGGUAGCCAACUGUCAGCUAUGCGGUGCCGAGUUUUCCCAAUUGGUACGCAAACAACACUGUCGAUGUUGCGGUCGUGUUGUAUGCUCCGGGUGUAGCGAAAACAGGGCACCCCUACCCUAUAUGAAAAAUCAAAAUGCCCGGGUAUGCGAUGAAUGUUUUCAGAUAUUAAGGACCCGGAUAAUCAAACGGCUGGAUAGGGAACAAAAAUAUAACAGUGCUUACAAUGUGUUGGACGACAACAACGAACAGGUAGUUGUGAUGGCUGAGGAUGAGGAUGAGGAGGACAGGGGUGAUGUGAGGGACAGUAGUCCGAGAAGUAGUAGUUCGACAGGUGACCGUAAAUCUGGUAUUAAUAAUAAUAAAGGUGUGAAUAAUAAUAAUAGUGAAAAGUCAGGCAAAACUAUUACUGAGGAACAGGAUGUCAGUGGUAAUGGUGGUGGUGUAGGUGUCGGUAGCAAUGGUGGUAAGGGUUGGUUUACAAGAAGUUUGGAACGAUUGAGCAAUAAAUCUAAAAAAAGUAAAAAUCAUAAGAUAAGGUCUGAAGAGGUGGAGGACAGUCGUCAUACUAAACAUAACGAUACUGUUGUCGUCGGUGACAAUCAGACAUCCGAUUAAAUU